AUGGUGCUGCUUGAUGCGGGAGCCGACCCAGAUGCGCUCGAUCUGGCUGGUUUACAUGUGCUCCAUGAUGCCGCCAAUGCAAACGCUGCCUCGGUUGUUCCCAUUCUAGUGCAACGCUGUCGCAUGCUCAACCCAAACACCAAGGGUCUGACAGGAACGGGACUCACACCACUUGAUGUAGCAUACAAACGCACAGCAGCUUUGGCUGCCGACGUGCUGCUUCGCGAGGGUGGAUGGCCUUACGACCUAUUAUGCCAUGCUGCUGCGGCUCGAAUUCAGUCGAUCUGGCGCUUACGCCGCCAAAUCCGCGCUCGACUGCCCGUCGAUGAAGACUUCACCGUUGUUUUCCGGCCCAUUGCUCGAGCAAAUUUGGCUGUCUUGCGUCUGCACUACCGACAACAGCUACUUAAUCGCCAUGCCGUUUUCCUGGCAGAGGCACGGCAGCUUGGUCGAUUGCCAUCGCAGCUCGAAGGCACGGCUGCCACAGACAGCACGUCACCAGUCUUGGCAGCUACCUCAACCUCGCGAUCACGCACCCUGUCCAAAAGCACCGGGUCGAUGUCUUUGUCUCGUCCUGAGCGUGAGCGUCGUGAACCCUCAAGUCACAGAAAAGCAAGUUCUAAUGGCACACUGCGAGCUGCUCCAGCUCCGCCGAGCACGGCUCGGGUCAUUUCACGCAAUUUCGUGCGGCCCAGCACACGCCAGCAUCGGGCUGCUUCCGUCUCGCGCGCAACAUCCAGCUCACGAAAGCUUCAAGCUCAACUCGAGCAGGAGCGUCAGCGGAAUGUCACUUUGCAAGAUCAACUCAAGUUACUUGAAUCGGUGAACCGACAUCAAGCCAAAGCUCUAGAACACGUGCCUGCAGUCAACGACAACACUGAAGACUCAGACACUCGUCGACGGUCCUACAGCAACUCUGUCGAGAUUAAGCGAUUCAUGCAUCAGCGUAAACUCAUUGACAAAUACCAACGCAAAAUUGCUAGCGUCAAGGCUCGUCUAGACAACAGCCUAGUAGCCGAAUCGUCGCCAUCCAUGAAUGCAGAUGAGGAGAUUAAGAAGGCUGCUCGGCAAGCUGCUCGGCAACAAGUCAAGGCUGCCCUCACUGACGUGCGCUCCAUUCGUGAAAAGACGGAGGCAUUGGCAGUGUCCCUCAAGCGCUCAACUGCAAGCUCGUGA